AUGAAGGCGUACCAAGUGCUUUAUGUAUUAAAACCCGCAGUGGAAGAAGAACUGGUGAGAUUAGAAAAGGAAGGGGUAAUAUCUCAUGUGGUAACAAAUCAAUAUCCAUUACCAAGAAUAGACGAUGUAUUUAAUAAUUUAACAGGACAAUUUUUCACGGUAAUCGAUUUAUCGGAAGCAUAUUUACAACUUCAGGUAGCAUCGUCGAGACGUCAUUUUUUGACUGUAAAUACUCAUAAAGGAUUAUAUCAAUUUAAUAGACUUUGUUACGGUAUAGCAUCAGCUCCUAGUAAACUUCAAGCGGUAAUGGAAAAUAUUUUAAUUGGGCUAGAAAAUAUUAAGUGUAUUUGGAUUAUAAGUGGAAAGUCCAUCGAUAAUUGUAAAAAUAAAGUUUAUGUUGUAUUCUUAGGUCAUAUGAUAGAUAAGCACGGGGUUCGCCCAACGGAUGAUAAAAUGGAAGUGAUUUUAAACACUCCGCAACCAAAGGACACAAGUCAAUUGAAAUCAUUCUUAGGUUUAGUUAAUUAUUAUCAAGAGGGAAAUAUUGAUGAAGAUUUAGGUUCAAUAAUGUUGGUUGAACAGUUACCAUUAACGUUUCACGAAAUAGCAAAGGAAACAAGUGAAGACGCUGUUUUAAAAAUAGUUUAUGAACAGGUUAAGUCUGGUUGGGUUGACCAUAAAAAUUAUAAAGACUAG